CACAAUAUAAUAUGAAAGUUUUUUUUUUAAAUAACAAAAUAAAAUGCAAGGAGCGGAGAAUUAUCAUAUAAAAACUUUACCACCCAAGAAUUUAUCAUAGAUAUCGAGAAAAAUCCUAAAGUUAAAGCAGAGAUGAAGCAACAACAUUACUUGGUCGUUUUCUUGAUCGUCCUUUUCAGCUUCCUCCUGUUUGUGAAUCUUAAUGAAGGAAGAUCAGGAAGAGGAGUUGCAGAGGAAUAUUGGAAGAAGAUGAUGAAGGAUAAACCGUUGCCUGAACCAAUCAAAGAGCUUCUUAAAAAUCCGUUUAGAACAGCACAAGAGAUGUUCAUCCAAGAUUUUGACACCAAAUCUGUUGUCCUCAUCUACCACAAUCCUAAUGAAUAAUUAACGUAAUUAAAUAUCUCUCAUAUAUUAAAAUUAUGUACAUGGCUCUGUGUUUGUGUGUGCAAGGGUUUACUAUACAUGCAUGUAGAUGUGUAGUUUAUUUGGUAAAGAACAGCCGGCUUAAGUUAAUACACUAAACAAAAUAUACUCUGUUUAUAAUAUUUAUAACCGUAGCUAUAAGUAAUUUUUUUUCUUUUGCGAGUCUUGGUGUGGGGGAAAUUAGAUCUGCUUCAUGUGAUUUUGAUAUGUAUAUUAAUAUAAUUAAGGUUCUUUUGUGUUUU